ACCUCACAGGUCAAACGAUCUGGAAAUAGUCGGCCGCGCAAGCCUCGUGUCUCGCUGCCUACAAACACAGAAAGCCCCGCAUCUUGGACGCACCUGCCUGCUACAUCUGCUGAACCUCAAUCAUGGCCUCAUCUGGCGUUUCGGUCGCACCUGAGUGCAUCACAGCCUUCAACGAGCUGAAGCUGGGCAAGAAGACCAAGUGGAUCAUUUACAAGAUUUCCGAUGACUGGAAGGAGAUUGUUGUGGAGGAGACCAGCGAAGACCCAGACUACAGCAAGUUCCGACAGAAGCUUAUCGACGCCAAGAGCAAGAACAAGCGCGGCGAGGAGGGAAUCGGUGGCAGAUACGCGGUUUUUGACGUCGAGUACGACGCAGAGGGCGGCGAUGGAAAGCGCAGCAAGAUCACCUUUAUCUCGUGGGUGCCAGAUGAUGCGCCGCAAUACCCACGCAUGAUGUACUCCUCUUCCAAGGAGGCUCUGAAGCGUGCCCUCAACGGUCUUGCCGCUGACGUCCAGGCCAAUGACCCAGAUGACAUCGAACAUGACACGAUCAUUUCCAAGGUGUCCAAGGGACGCUGAGUCGGCUGAUGUCCUGCGAGUGCAUCUGACAUAGCCACCAGCAGCGAUACCAGAAGACCUUGCAUUGAAAGGUUUCGGAAGCAGAAUUGAACGCGAACGGCCGGCGCCCUCGCCAUAGUCAAGUUGGCUUGGAAUGCAUGCAGUUGAAUUUGAUAUAAACGUCAGCGACUUUAGACGACCAUUAUGGGGAUUGAAUGUUUCAUUGCUAUCCCCG